UUUUAGGUUAUGUUUUUAUUAUUUUUUUGUACAAAAAUAUAACGUAAUAUGUAAAUAGAAGUAAUAUGUACACAUAUAUUGCAUACUUUAUAAAAACGAACAUAUUGGAUGUAUUCAAUGUGUGAUUUUAAUGCAUUAAGUGAGUAAAGUGAUUAUGUUGUGAUACAAAUUUGAAGUGUACAGAAGUGAGUUAACAAUGAGGACCGGUAGUGAGACCAAGGACUCUGAAAAGGAAAAGUUGAACCCAAAUGGAUGGCUGCAGUCCCGGCCCAGCCAGCAGUUCAACGUUAUCCGACGUGUCUACCAGCAGGAUGCUCUCAAUAAGGAUGCUGAUUAUCAGGUCCCGGAAAAACCAUUGGGAUACAGAUGCAAGAGGGUAGUUCAAAACUGUGGCUUUGGUGAUUGCCUCCUGAACUCGCUACCAAUUGCAAGAUGGCUGCCACGCUACAAUAUGAAGAAGGAUUUGGUGGGUGACCUGGUAGCCGGCGCUACGACUGCAGUCAUGCACAUACCACAAGGUAUGGCCUACGCGAUGUUAGCUGAAGUGCCUCCUAUAGUCGGUCUAUACAUGGCAUUUUUCCCAGUACUUAUAUAUGUGAUAUUUGGCACCUCACCCCAUGUGUCAAUGGGGACGUUCGCGGUCGCCUGCCUUAUGGCGGGUAAGGUAGUUUCACAGCAUUCAUCUCACGCGGAAUUAGUCAACGCUGUUAACGUCACAACUUCAGAAGGUCCACCUUUCUUAACCGGAGGAUAUUCCCCAGUGGAAAUACUCAGCGUACUUUCCUUAACUAUUGGCAUAAUGCAAGUGAUAAUGUGGAUGAUGAGGCUGGGCGCGGUGUCCACUCUGCUCUCGGAGCCUCUCGUGUCUGGUUUCACGACCGCAGCCUCCUUCCACGUUCUCACAUCUCAACUGAAAGACCUAUUUGGGGUCAAGCUACCAAAAUUAGGAUCCAAUUACAAAGUUAUAUUUACUGCUAUUGAAAUUGUCAAGAGUAUUCCAAACGCAAACUGGAUCGCGUUCGCGAUAUCAGCGAUCACGUGCACAAUAAUUGCGUUGAAUAAUGAAAUCUUAAAGCCUCGGAUAAGCAAGAUAAGUCGCGUCCCGGUGCCUAUAGAACUAAUGGCAAUAGUAUUCGGAACUCUGGCUUCUAAAUUUGGUAAUCUCAAAGAGUUAUACGGAGUUUCUUUAGUUGGAACUAUUCCUACUGGUCUGCCAGAACCCAAAGUACCGGCUAUAGAAAUGAUCCCCACGAUAGCCCUAGAUGCCUUCACCAUCACCAUGGUGACAUACACCAUAUCCAUGUCCAUGGCGUUGAUCUUCGCGACCAAGGAGAAGUAUGAAGUGGAUGCCAAUCAAGAGCUACUGGCUUUGGGAGCAAGCAAUAUGUUUGGGUCAUUCUUCGGCUGCGCCCCACUCUGCGCGAGUUUAUCCAGAUCUUAUAUCCAGUAUCAGGCAGGUAGCAAGACGUGUCUAACCUCUGUGGUUAGCGCUUCCUUGAUCUUAUGCGUUCUGCUCUGGGUGGGGCCCUUAUUCGAGCUGCUGCCUCGUUGCGUGCUGGCUUCCAUAAUCGUUGUGUCUCUGAAGGGCAUGUUCAUGCAGGUCAAGGAGCUGGCCAAAUUUUGGAAUCUGAGCAAAUUGGAUGCAAUCGUAUGGCUCGUCACGUUCUUGAUCACGUUGUUAAUAGACAUUGACAUUGGACUUGGAGCAGGAUUAUUAGCAAGUGUGGCGACAUUGUUCUGUCGUUCUCAAAAACCGUACACGUGUCUCCUCGGACGAGUCCUGGAUACAGAUCUAUAUCUAGAUAUAAAGAGGUACCGAGCUGCAGAAGAAAUAUCAGGUAUCAAAAUAUUCCACUAUUGCGGCGGUCUCAAUUUCGCAACUAAGAAUCUGUUCCGUGUGACUCUGUUCAGGAAGAUCGGGUACUUUAAGCAGCAACAGGCUGAUGACGAAAGCAACCUCGCUAAGAGUGAAUCGCUUGAAUGGGACUCGACUAUAAGCAAUAAGGUGCAAUGUGUAAUAAUCGACGCCACUGCGUUGUCAUACGUAGAUGCGCCAGGGAUAAAAAGUCUCGUCGCAGCUCAAAAGGAACUGGUGGCUAACGACAUCACAGUUCUACUUGCGGGCGCUAAUGGACCAGUAUUAGAAAUGAUUGAACGAUACAAUUCCCUAGAAUCUGAACAACUACAAUUAGACACGUUCCCCACCGUUCACGAUGCUGUCGUCUACUACAAGAUGUUAGAAGCAAAGAAAGAUACAUCUAUAACCAUACAAACGUGAUAAACGAGUUCAAUUACGAGUAUGUAGUUAAACAUAUACGUUGUUUUAAAUCCAUUGCAUUCUGAGGCUUAUGAUUUGUAAGAUAGAACUCAUAUUUGCUUGUCGUAAGUUUUUGAGCUUAUAUGCACGGACAAUAAAAUUAUACAGGACUUUAAAUAGUACAACCCGAACCAAACAAGCUUCGGUUAUUUUGUCUCAUAGUGGUCUCUUUUGAGCCGAUAAUAUAUAUAUUUUGUGAAAAUAUAUGUUAGUGAUUUUUUGUAUUGUACUUAGUUAUUUUAAACAAUAUAAACCGUUUUAUGAAAUAUGAUUAUGAAAAAUUUACAGUUUUAUCGUUAUUUUAUUGGAAAAAUGGAAGUUGAUAAGCGAGAUCUGUAGGGAGAUGUUACGUUUAUUAUUUAAUAAGCGGCCGCUAAGAGAAUUGGCACAGGUUCAUGAUCGAACGACGACGUCACUUUGAAAUGGCGAAUAACCUACGAUAACAGUACUACAAUUGUUUAAUUGCCGUACUAACGAAUAAUAUAAUUCAAAAAUAGAAUAAUUUUGAUAUAUUUUUACAUACAUAAUGCGCUUUGACAAUGUUAUGUCAACAGUUUAUUUUUGUUCUGUAUCAAUUGUCAUGAUCAACUGACAGACGUCAGAAAUGCAUUCCCUUAGCGGCGGAAAGGCUUAUGAAAUAAUAUAACACGUGUUACUUAAGAAUGUUAAUUAUAAAUUCUUAGAAUAUUUUUAUUUUUUAUCAGUGAGAAUAUUAUUAACAUACAUUUUAUGUAGUAUUAUAUUGGCUGUAUUAGCGUUAUUGAAGAUUUAUUUAUGAAAUAAAUAAAGCGGAACCAAGUAAUUAUAAAUUGUAUUUCGAAUUUUUAAGUAAUGAGCCACAGUGGCAUAAAACUAUAUCUCAAAUUUUUAUUCGAAGAAUAUAAAUGAAAUUUAUAAUAUAAUAACUCGAAUAUAAAAUAAACAAACAAAUUGUUUUUACGAACCAAAACGAAUGUAGACAUCGAAUUUAAGGCCAACUUUAAACCACUAUAAUCCAAUAGUUUAUUCUUACUGUAAAUAAUAUGUUUGUAUUUUUGUAUCGUUAAAUAUAUUCUAACACAAUUCAUAUUAAAAUACGUAAUAAUUUUAAUAAUUACGACUCAGUACUUAUCAUUGCAGUUAGGAUUAGUAGUUUAUCGAUUUAGAAGAAUAAAUUACCUUCUAUUUAUUAAUUACUAUUUCUGUAAAAAAAAAUAAUUCUGUACCCUGGUGCUAAAAUAAAUGCUUAUCUAUGAAUAAAAUCUAACCCACAUUUUGCCGUUAGCCCACUCAUAUAAAAUAUAAUAAAUUUAUUUGUGCUGAAACGGCAUAAGCUUAACUAAUACAGACAUUCGACAAUAAUAUUCAAAACGCGUACGUUUUAUAAAACAAUAGACAUACAUUUGUUCGUUGUUUAUAUUCUGAUUAAUAAAAGUUAGGGUCAUUGAUAUUUAGCAUCAGGCCAUAGAGUUAUUCCUUAAUAACAUCGAUUUAAAAACGAACAAAUAUCUCGUUUAGUAGGUAGUCCAUAAAUUAUCUAAAUAUCGGGUGCGAUUCGGUCCAGUCGCUGAGAGAAUGUGCUUAUUAAUACGUAACUUUGAAAUGACGAGGAUUUAAAUUAAAAACGAUCUAUUACCUAUAUAUGUUCUUUAGGGGGUGAUUAUUUAAGCUAAGAUGUCCCCUUCUUUCGAAUGUCAAAUCAAUGUUAUCUAAAAGAGAGUAAUCACUGUUUAACUACAGAAUUCAUUUUUAAUUAUGUUAACUCACAAUAAAUUUUAUAAUUUUGAGUUAAAUGUAAUUUUAAAUACUUUCGAAAACUUUUUAUUUUAAAUCCAUAAAUCGCCAUUACAAGGUUCGGUCAACUGCUUAUUUCUGUAGUGUGUCACUUGUCAUAACCAAAUGAUAGACGUCAAAACUUUCUGUCAGUGGGCAUAACAAUAUAAUUGUUGCCAAAAAAAAAUAUUGUCACAAAGGUACCGUUGCUUAAUAAACACGGCUAGUGCUAGCGAAGUGGAAGUUAUUGGAUUUUUAUCAGUUAUUAUUUAACGUCGCUUGUUAAUGUUUGGGUGAAAUAUUGCAAUCUAAUUGAAGCCAGAUCCAUCUAAAUUAUUAAGCUGAAAUUAUUGCACAUAUUUGGUGCGAGUGACAAUUCCAUCCAGAAUAUACAUGGACUAAUUGAACCGUGUCGUGCAGAAAUCUUCCAACCCACAGAAACUCUAAUAAGAGUUAUUUAGAUUUAUAAAACAAAUUUAAAUUUGUCCGCACAACACAUUAAAUAGAACUAAAACAAAAGACUUUUGUUUUAGUUCUAUUUAAUUAUCGUAGUGUGCGUGAUAGCUACACUUGACGCUCGCCAAACGUCUUACCAGUGUGCGUAGACUCAGUGCCCAACUGUUGGCCACUAUUUUUUUCGACGCAUCCUCAACUUUCGUAGUCUAUCUAGACUUAAAUAAUCGAAGUAAAAUCGGUAUUUUAAAUACAUAAUCGACAUCUAAAUAGCGAAAAGUUUAUAUCGCACUGCUGAAAAAACACGUGGUUCUAUUUUAACAAGUCUUAAAACUUGCAAUAGUACUUUAGUAGUAUAGUACUUUAAGCGUACGUUAAAUAUGUGAGUGAAAUUCAAUUCGAGGAUCCAAAUCGUGACUAUAAAAUUCGUCCAUGUUCAUCAUUCAUCAUCAAUCAUUCAGUAAUCCAUUCGUGUGAUUCGCAGUGCGAUCCUAUCCUAAACGCGACGGCGUUUAUUUGUCAGACGAGUGCUUGUUAGGUGAAUGAGUGAUAAUAUAUAUUUAACAUUGAUUUUAAAGCAAUAAAAGUUGUUUAAUACACGAUAGGCUUAUAAAUUAAUUGUGCAAUAAUUAUAGCAUCUUGAAAUGUUUUAUUUUUGAUUAAUAACGUAUUUUUGUAAUAUAUAAUGUAGUCAAUAUUUUUGUGUCAUUGUGAUAUUUUGUACCUAAAAUAA